AUGGAGCGCUCUGGAGAUCAAAUAUUAAACACUCGUGAUCUUCAUCUUCUGCUGAUCGGGAAAACGGGUUCAGGAGUGAACGCUUGGAACACUAUACUGGGAGAAGAUGUGUUUCAGUUAGAACAGGGAUAUUCCUCCAUCACUGACACAUAUCAAAAACACACGGCUGAUGUUUCAUACAGAAGAGUUACCGUGACUGACCCUCCAAAUGUCUUUAAUUCCAGAAACAUCGAUCUGCUCAUGGAGUUAGAGAGAGGAUUGAAGAUGUGCUCUUCAGGAGUCCACGCGACACUUCUGGUUUUCUUUUUAAAUACUUUCACUCAACAGGACGCAGAUGCCGUGUCAUUGUACAAGCAGACAUUUGGUGAGAACGCUAUGAAAUACACAAUUGUCCUCUUCACGCAUGGAGAUGAAAUUCAACACAAAUCAAUGGAACAACUACUAACACAGAAUGUCCAGUUAUCUAAUCUAGUCGAGGAGUGUGGCGGGAGAUUUCACUUCCUGAACAAUAAAGAUCCAUCAAACAGAGAUCAGGUCAUCAAACUCCUGGAGAAGAUUGACAGAAUGAUGUCUGAAAAUAACAACAGCUGCUACACACUGGAGAUGUUCCUCAAAGCUCAAUCAAUAAGAGUCAAUAUCCUCAAUAUCUGUCUGUGA